AUGGCAAACUCAGAAGAGAAGAAACAUGUUGCAGUGUUUGCUUUCCCCUUUGGAAGCCACCCUACUACUCUCUUGAACCUGGUGCUGAAGCUAGCCAAUGCUGCUCCCAACGUGCAAUUCUCAUUUAUAGGCACUGAUCACUCCAACAAACCUCUUCUCAUCUCAAAACCCCAUAUCCCGGACAACAUCAAGUUCUAUAGUAUAAGCGAUGGAAUCCCAGAGGGUCAUGUCCCAGGUGGCCACCCAGUUGAGCGAGUGGACCUUUUUCUUAAGGCUUGUCCGGAGAACUUGCAAAAGGGCAUAGACAUGGCAGUGACAGACACAAAAGAGAGAGUUACUUUUUGGGUUCCUUUCUCAUGUUCACUCUCUGCACAUAUUUACACUGAUUUGCUACGCCACAAGUGUAACCAUGCAACUGGAGACACCCUUUUGGAUUUCAUUCCUGGAUUGUCUAAGAUGCGAGUUGAAGACUUGCCUGAAGAUGUGGUCAACAUUGUCGAAGAGGAGACACUGUUUUCAAAGACACUAGCAUCUUUGGGAAGUGUGUUACCUCAAGCUAAGGCGGUGGUUAUGCAUUUCUUUGAGGAACUAGACCCACCCUUGUUUGUUCAUGACAUGAGGUCAAAGCUUAAUUGUUUUCUUUACGUUGGUUUUCUCACCAUUUCACUGCCUCUGCCACCCUUGCCUCCAUCAGACACAGAUGGAACUGGGUGUUUGUCAUGGUUGGACAAGCAGAAGGGUGGGUCAGUGGCAUAUGUUAGCUUUGGGACAGUGGUGACACCACCUCCGCAUGAGAUUGUGGCGGUGGCGGAAGCAUUGGAAGCCAGUGGUUUUCCCUUCUUGUGGUCUCUCAAGGACCAUCUCAAGGGUCUUCUGCCAGGAGGGUUUCUUGAGAGGACAAGAGGAAAUGGAAAAGUUGUGGCUUGGGCCCCUCAGGUUCAGGUUUUGGGACACGCUUCUGUGGGAGUGUUUGUGACUCACUCUGGAUGUAACUCAGUGCUUGAGAGCAUGUCCAAUGAAGUGCCUAUGAUAUGCAGACCCUUCUUUGGGGACCACGGGUUUGCUGGGAGGAUGGUUGAGGAUGUUUGGGAGAUUGGCAUGAGAGUGGAAGGUAGGGUGUUCAACAAAGAUGGGUUGCUGAAAUGCUUGAGGCUGAUUCUGGUGGAGGAAGAGGGGAAGAGGAUGAGGACAAAUGCAGAGAAAUUGAAGAGAAAAUUGCUAGAUGCAGGUGGACCACAAGGGAAGGCAGCACAAGAUUUCAACACUUUGGUGGAAGUGCAAAAUAAGGUUGAUGCAACUGUAAUUGCAGUAGCCUUCAGAUUGCAUCUGAAUUUGGAGAAUCCUCUGGCCUGUAUGGCCUUCUUCACCAGAAGCCUUUUGACCACUGUGACCCCCACAUGUUCUUCCCCUUCCCACCAGAUCAAAACGUUCCUCUCAGAGGGUCUUUAUCACCACAUACUUCAACUUUUCACUCAACUCCAUCUCUCUGCCCACUCUUCCAUUCCCUUUGUUCUUCCAGCAGUCAUCAAGGCAAGCUCCUCAGCCAAAUGUCAUGCUUUUGGCACACAGCUUCAUUGCUUGGCUCUUAAGACAGGCUCUAACUCUGAAGCAGUUGUGUCCAAUUCUAUCAUCACCAUGUACGCCAAGUUUUCAGAUGUUGAAUCAGCACGGCAAGUGUUUGACACAAUGUCUCAAAGAGACCCCAUCAGCUGGAACUCCUUGAUUAAUGGUUAUCUGCAAAAUGGGUGUUUCGAAGAAGCUUUGGAAGCGUUGAGAGAUGUGUACUUGCUUGGUCUUGUUCCCAAGCCUGAGUUGCUAGCUAGUGUGGUAUCCAUGUGUGCGAGGAAAACUGGUUCAAGGAUGAUAGGGAGACAGAUUCAUGCUCUUGUUGUUGUUGAUGAGAGGAUAGGACGGUCAGUGUUUCUGUCAACGGCUUUUGUGGAUUUUUAUUUUAGGUGUGAUGAUUCUUUGAUGGCUUUGCGUGUGUUUGAGGGGAUGGAGGUGAAAAAUGAGGUUUCAUGGACUGCUAUGAUAUCUGGAUGCAUUGCUAACCAAGAUUACGACAAGUCUUUUGCAUGUUUUCGAGCAAUGCAGGCUGAGGGAGUUUGCCCAAACAGAGUGACAUCAAUUGCUCUGUUACCAGCUUGUGCCAAGCCAGGCUUUGUUAAGCAUGGGAAGGAGAUUCACGGUUAUGCAUUUCGUCAUGGGUUUGAAUCAUGCCCUAGUUUUUCAUCAGCACUUAUAAAUAUGUAUGGUCAAUGUGGAGAACCACUGCACCUUGCGGAGCUAAUUUUUGAAAGGUCUUGUUGUAGAGAUGUGGUGUUAUGGAGUUCGGUCAUUGGGAGCUAUUCUCGAAGAGGGGAUAGCUACAAAGCAUUGGAGCUUUUUAAUAAGAUGAGAACUGAGGAAACUGAACCAAACUACGUAACUUUGUUGGCAGUGGUCUCUGCCUGCACAGAUAUAUCUUCACUAAAGCAUGGUUGUGGACUCCAUGGCUAUGUCUUUAAAUGUGGAUUUAGUUUUAGCAUCUCUGUGGGAAAUGCACUUAUAAACAUGUAUGCCAAGUGUGGUUCUUUGGAUGGUUCUCAGAAGAUAUUCCUAGAAAUGCGGAACAGAGAUUCUGUUACAUGGUGUAGUUUGAUCAAUGCCUAUGGCCUUCAUGGGUGUGGUAAACAAGCUUUACAACUUUUUUACAAAAUGAAUGAGAGAGGGGUGAAACCUGAUGCAAUCACCUUCCUUGCACUUUUAUCUGCUUGUAAUCAUGCUGGCCUUGUAGCUGAGGGACAACAGAUAUUCAAACAAGUAAAGGAAGAUUGUCAAAUUUCGGUAACUAUUGAGCAUUAUGCAUGCCUAGUCGAUCUUCUUGGAAGGUCAGGCAAGCUUGAAGAUGCUUUGGAAAUACUGAGAACAAUGCCCAUGAAACCAAGUGCAAGAGUAUGGAGCUCUCUAGUAUCAGCCUGUAAGCUUCACGGCAGACUGGACAUAGCAGAAAUGCUAGCACCACAUCUUAUACGAUCAGAACCAAAUAACGCUAGUAAUUACACAUUGCUGAAUACGAUAUAUUCGGAACAUGGUCAUUGGCUUGAUACAGAACAAGUGAGGGAAGCCAUGAAACUACAAAGGUUGAUGAAAUGCUACGGGUUCAGCCGCAUUGAGGCUGGAGAUGAGAGUUUCUAG